UCACGCACGAUAACGAUUGUCGACAUGUCGACUACUCAGUCGUGAUCAGUCGUGAUAGCCGUUCGUUGUAAAAAUGGGUGGGUGUUCAGCCCCAUUUUGUAACAACUCCGCAGCGAAAGGUUAUAAAAUGAAAGCUCUACCAAAAGAUCCUGUACGUAGAGCUUUGUGGAUAAAAAAUAUUGCAAAUAAGGAUUGGACACCAACAAACAACUCUCGUCUUUGUGAGGUUCAUUUUUCCCCAGAAAUGUGGGAUGAUAUAAGCAAACAUAAAUUAAAACGGGAUGCAAUACUAACAAUUUUUUAUUUUUUUUUAAAAAAGCAAAUACCAAUAAAGGCCAUAGAAAAUGAUGGCAAUACUGAUUGUGAGAGUAAUGUUCUUAAAAUAACCAGUAGUACGCAAAGCAUUAAGUGUACAAAUAAAAAAGCAACUAAUAACAUUGAAAAUGAAAAAACUAUUAUUGAAACAGUUAUUGUAGAUGAUAUUUCAGGGCCUAUGGCUUCGUCAGCAAAUAUGUCAUCCAUAUCUGACUCUUAUGAAAAUGAAAAAGAAGAAUAUAAGAAAUAUAAACAGCUGGUAAAGAAACAGUAUUUACGUUUAAUCAUUAUGAGGAAGAAAAUGAAAACUCUGCAGUAUAGAAAUAGGAUUCUGAAAAGCAAAAUUGAUAAUGAUAAGUACAAGAAAGCUUUAAGUCACAUAUUUAAUGAAGAUAAAAGCGUUAUUAAAAAAAAUUCGUAUUCGAAAUUGGUCAAAUGCGACAAUUCAACGUGCACUGAAAUUAAAAUUUGCGUGUGGAACUAAUUGUUAUGAGGAAUUACUUUGUCAAGGGAUACCACUUCUAGUUUAAGAACAUUAUCAAGAAAGUUGGAAGACAUUAAAUUUGAACCUGGAAUAUUAAAUGAAAUGUUUGAUUUCUUAAAGUACAAAAAAUCCUCUUUUAAUAAAGAAACAGAUUUCGAAUGUGGAUUAAUAUUUGAUGAAAUGGCUAUAACAUCAAAGAAAUGUUAUAAUCCUGCAACGGAAUCAUUAAUAGGAAAUAGUUUCAGCAGUAAAACAUUACGAAAAAUAAUAUUUCAGAUAAUUAAUAAAGCUGAGGAACUUGGUUUUCGUGUCAUUUCAUCACCUCGGACAUGGGUUUCGGAAAUAUCGGUCUAUGGAAAUUGUUAAAUAUUAGUACUGGUAGAUAUAGUGAAAUAAAGAACAAAAUUACUCAUCCAUUUAAUUCCAAUCGUUAUUUAUAUAUUAUCGCUGAUCCACCUCACAUUUUAAAUUUAAA